CUCGGGGAAAGAGGGCUUAGUUUUGCAUGUUCCCAUCCAUCCUGCACGACGCGAAAGGGCCCCUUAUCCACCUCUCCUGUGUACUAGGAACACCUCCACUGGUGAUCAGCCUUUGCCUGUGUUUGUCUUGUGGAGAAGCAGCAGCACCUUUUCAGGAGUGGGUUUUUUAUUCAACAAGAAGUCCUGAAGGUUUUGGAUGCGGUGCUUCAGGGAUGUGGGCACUUUGAGAGCAGCAUCACCCACAAACACAAACAACUGCCAUCGAUUUUUCUGUGAAUAGCACAAAAAAAAAAGAGAGAGAAAAGAAAGAAAAAACAAAGAGGAACAAUAGCAACACAAAAAAAAUCUUGUCUAUUGAACAAUUCACUUUUCCAGUCUGUGGAUACCGCUCUAACUAAGUACAGCACUUUGAGAAUUGUUCACAUCGGACGGACUGAAGAGGGAGGCAAGACCUGUGGACCGGGUUUUCCCUCGCAAGUCUGAAUCGGCUCUCGCUACUUAUCCCGUGAAAAAAAAAAAAACAACAACCCUAAAGGAUAACACGCUUGGACGUUUAUUUUCCCCUUAAUUUCGCAGGAGGCUCUUUUUUCCACGCAAAUUGUCCUAAAUGUUUGGGAUUCAGGAAACUAUACCGCGGGGUGGGACGACGAUGAAGGAGGAACCGCUGGGUGGACUGAACUCGGUCCGCUCCUGGAUGCACACAGCUGGGGUGGUGGAUGCAAACACAGCCGCCCAAAGCGGUGUCGGCUUGGCACGGGCACAUUAUGAAAAGCAGCCCCCUUCCAACCUCAGAAAAUCCAAUUUUUUCCAUUUCGUCCUGGCGCUGUAUGACAGACAGGGUCAGCCCGUGGAGAUCGAAAGGACAGCUUUUGUGGACUUUGUGGAGAAGGAAAAAGAACCAACCAGUGAAAAAACUAACAAUGGGAUACAUUACAAACUACAGUUAUUGUACAGCAAUGGCGUCAGAACAGAACAGGAUCUUUACAUACGGUUAAUCGAUUCCAUGACGAAGCAGGCCAUAGUUUAUGAGGGCCAGGACAAGAAUCCAGAAAUGUGCAGAGUUCUUCUUACUCAUGAAAUUAUGUGCAGCCGAUGCUGUGACAAGAAAAGCUGUGGAAACAGGAACGAGACUCCAUCAGACCCUGUGAUCAUUGACAGAUUCUUCCUAAAGUUCUUUCUCAAGUGCAAUCAGAACUGUCUGAAGAAUGCAGGGAAUCCACGAGACAUGCGCAGAUUCCAGGUUGUCGUAUCGACGACCGUCAAUGUGGACGGCCAUGUCUUGGCUGUUUCCGACAACAUGUUCGUACACAACAAUUCCAAGCAUGGGCGAAGGGCUCGCAGACUCGACCCUUCAGAAGGUACGCCUCCUUAUCUGGAGAAUGCAGCCACCCCAUGCAUCAAGGCUAUCAGCCCCAGUGAGGGAUGGACCACUGGAGGAGCCACUGUCAUCAUCAUAGGAGACAACUUCUUCGAUGGCCUACAAGUCGUGUUCGGCACCAUGCUCGUAUGGAGUGAGCUGAUAACUCCUCACGCCAUCCGCGUCCAGACUCCACCUCGGCACAUCCCCGGUGUUGUGGAAGUCACGCUGUCCUACAAGUCCAAGCAGUUCUGCAAAGGUGCCCCUGGGAGAUUUGUCUAUACUGCCCUGAACGAGCCAACCAUCGACUAUGGUUUCCAGAGGCUGCAGAAGGUCAUCCCCAGACACCCCGGUGAUCCUGAGAGGUUACCAAAGGAGGUGUUACUGAAGAGGGCGGCUGAUCUCGUUGAAGCCCUGUAUGGAAUGCCCCACAACAAUCAGGAGAUCAUUCUGAAGAGGGCAGCUGACAUCGCCGAGGCCCUGUACAGCGUUCCCCGCAACCACAACCAGAUCCCCUCUCUCGCUAACACAGCCUCCCACGGCAUGAUGGGAGUCAACUCCUUCAGCAGCCAGCUAGCAGUCAAUGUGUCUGAGUCACAAGGGAAUGACCAAGUGGGCUACAGCCGGAACACCAGCAGCGUGUCCCCCCGGGGCUACAUCUCCAGCAGCACCCCGCAGCAGUCGAGCUACAACACCGUCAGCAACAGCAUGAAUGGUUACGGCAAUGCCGGUAUGAACCUGGGAGUGCCAAGCUCCCCUGGGUUCCUCAACGGAUCCUCUGCCAACUCCCCAUAUGGAAUUAAACAAAAGAGCGCCUUCGCCCCUGUGGUCCGACCCCAGGCCUCCCCACCCCCCUCCUGCACCAGCGCCAACGGCAACGGACUGCAAGGUGAGCCCCCCUCACCCCCUCAUCCCUUCCCUACGGACUACUGGUCAGAUACCGCUGCUCAGGCCUCUGUCCGGUUUGCCAUGUCCGGCCUGGUUGUCCCUCCAAUGUAAAUGCACUUUCAUCAUCUCAAGCACCAGUCUACACACUACCACUUCACAGGACAUCCCCUCAGCACACAGCGAAAAAAAAAACGCUGGUGUAAUGUAUAGUCAACCGCUUGUUCUGUUUUUAAAGAUGAAGAAGAAAAAAAAAAGAAAAGAAAGAAAUUUUCUUUUAAAUGACUCGCAAAAACCUGCAGAAAAAAAAGGAUUUCACGAGGAACAAUAUAUUUUUUUUCUGUGGGAUUUUUUUUUUUUGUUUGUUUGUUUAAUCCCGCCCCCCACUCCCCUCCAUUUUAUCACCCUUGAAGAGGACACAGGAUGAUGAAGGGUUUAUUUUGUAUACCUUAUCGGGUUGCGCUUUGGCCUUGGAUAUGUCCAAUCAACGACGCAUUCAAUACUGGAAGGGACUCUGUGGACUCACCAUCUGGUUGUAAAGUAAAAACACUGAUGUACAGUACAUUUGCCAAUGAACUUCAGAAAUUGUUUUUCUGUUUCAACUCUCUUUUAAUAGAUUCACAACAGUUGUGUGUCUUUAUAAUGUGACUUUUUUGUAUUUUUAUGUGUGAGAAAAAUACACAGGGGCCAAGACAGUUUGAAUUUCAACUGGAAAAAUAUAUGAGAUAUAUAAUGUAGAAAAUUGAUCAUAAAAGUACAACAAAUACGAGUAAAAAGGGGUGGGGCUGGGUGGGUAAGGUUGUAUCAUGUUUCAUUCCUGCAUUUUAACUUAAAUUUUGUAAUUUAUUGUAGCUAGAAUCAUCUUCAAAAAGUUCCGGAAAAAAAAAAGAAA